AUUGAACUGGAAAAGUUGUGACACAAAAUAGACUGAUAGAAAAUUCACCAUGAUAAAAACAUUCAGUUAUAAUUUGCCAGGACUAACUUAAACAUUCAGUAUUAAGAAAUUAGUUAAUCACACAUCCCCUCAUCUAUUAAUACACUGACAUCAAAAUGUUAAUGUAAUAAAAAUAGGAAAAUAUUGAAACAAUAAGAUGAAAGGGAAAAAAAAUCUGUAAGAUAAAAGGAAAAAAAAUCUAUAAAAUUAAAUUUAUUCAUUAAUAUCUACCUAAAAUUAUGUAAAAUUUCAGAACUGGCUAUCCUGUACUGGCUAUCCCGUACUGUUCUGUUCUAGGACAUCUAGGUUAGUUAAGUAUAAACAUGAAGAAGUACAGUAUGUGACAAAAUAAACUUGGUUGCUGACUGAAACAAUUUUUCCUUUGUACUAACAUAUCACAGAAUGUUUCAAGAAGCUGACUUCAAAGAAAACCUAUCAUUGGCGUUAUCAGAGGUUUUAGAUGACAUUGGUGUCAAUGAAAGAUUGGUGAUGAGAAGGAGAAGGCAAGACAUGCUGAGGGAGACUAUGGGUAAAAUCCAGUGCAAGGUAACUGUUAGUAAUAUCACUGUAUAUCAUCUAGGGAGUCAGAUUGAAGGUACAACUACUAUAGGACUUAGCUCAGACUGUGAUUUUCUAGUCUGUGAUCAUGAUUACAAUAUAAUGCAAGACUGGUCAGAGUGGAAACAUGGCAAGAAAAACUACCUAAUGAUACAGGAUGAGAACACUACCCCUGGUUAUUGUUUCUUACAAUUGCUCCAACCUUGUGUACCUCUCCCUGUUACUGUCAUUCCUAAUGAAAACCAUAUAAUAGACAGAAGUGGAAGAGUACUGUUUAAAAACACAACAUUUAAUGGUUUCAUUCCGGGUGCUGUAGAUCAUGGACCAUCAAAUGCUAUAUAUGCAGGGCCUGGAUUUUGUGAUACAGACAAUGUGAAAGCUCUUCCUUGUAAAGGCUGGCCUCAAUCAGCAUCUGGUUGGUUAGAGAGACAAGGUAUUAGCAGAUGGCCAACACAAGACAUGAGAAGAUAUGCAGCCAGUACUGGGUGUUUUGUUGUUCCAACUGAAAGUAAGGUCAGUGAAUAUCCUGAACUUGAAUGGAGAAUAUCUACAUCAUUGGCAGAAAGAAAACUUAUGUUCGAUCUAAAUAUAACACAAAUAAGGUGCUAUGUAUUAUUGAAAAUGAUUCUUAAAUCCUUCCUUAAUCCUCAAGGGGAAAUCAACAUAUCAAGCUUCAUGUGUAAAACAGUUCUAUUACACUGUAUAGAAAACACAGAGUCAAGUAUAUGGAAAGAGAACAAUUUAUUUAUAUGCUUAACAUACUGCUUAUUAGAAUUAUAUAGCUGUGUGCAGAAUGACCGUUGUUCACAUUUUAUUAUCGGAGAAAAUAAUUUGAUGGCAGGGCAAUUUACAGCUGAAAAAAAACAUGAACUUUCAAAAAAUAUAAGUGAUUUUUUACAGAAUGACAGACAAAUGUUACUAAGAAUUGAUAUUGAUGAUCUUGGCUUGAGAUUGCAAGUAAAACUGAACAUUGUACGGCACGGAGCAUAUUAUUAUCAAUCUUCUCUUGCGAUACAUGAAAAUUAUAUGACCAAUGAAUAUUUAAACACAGCAAACUGUGUAAGCAGACAUCAUAAGCUUGUUUUAGAAUAUUUACACACAAAAAACGUUAGAACAAUGAAGCAUUGUAUAGGUAAACUAAAUACUUUCAAUGUUAAUGGAAACAGAUUAGAACAGGCUGCAUUCAAGUUUCUAGCACCUUGUGUUUUUACCACAUAUGGAUCUAUCCUGGCAUCAUUCAGCAUUGGUGAAAAUAAUCAAGUGUCACCUGAAGCAUUGGUUUGGCUAUCAGCUGAUAUCUCAUCUAGCAGACUUAAAUUGGCUUCUGUGUUCUACAGUAAAGGAGAUAUGGAGAAAGCUGAACUAAUUCUUAGACGCACUGAACAGCAAUUUUACUCCUAUCCUGUUUUACAUAUCUGUGCCUGCUGGGACACGCCUCUACCAGCAGUAACAGCAGUAACAGCAGAAUUCAAGAGGGUAUGUGGUGAACAAAGUGAGGACUGUAUCAAACAUAUAACAGCAUUUUGUGUCAGAUUUAUACAGAAAGAGAUCAACUGUAUUCCUCAUGAACUACAAUAUGAAAUGUUCAGAUCUCCACAAGAUGACAUGAUACACAGAGAAGAAAAUGUGGUCCAUUGGAUGGACUGGGCUGUAGUUGAUUCUCUACCUUUUCUAUACUUCCUACAAUACAAGAUCUACAGUCAUCUACAAAGACAUCAAGAUCAACAACAAGCACUUAGUAAACUUAUAAGAACCAUAGAAACUGUUGAAAACCUUAAACAUAGAGAAACAGCUCUAAACAUUUUAGGACAAUGCAUGGAACAAGAUAAAAGACCUCAACAAGCAUUAAAUUAUUACCUGCUUUCUCUUCAACAUAGGGCAAGAAACAAUGUAGCAAUCAUACAUAUAUGUAAGCUCCUUUCUGGCUUAUUGGCAGCACAAUAAUAAGGGGUCAAAAUACAGUGACAGUGUUAUAACUGAAGUUUUCAAUGAUUAUAAUACUGAUUGUGUGUAUCAAACUGACUCUGAUGCUAAA